AGGGCCGCCUCCGAUCACGUGACCCACCGAUUGUCACGUGGGCGCCGCUCACCUGACCAGGGUCUCACGUGGCCCAGCCCGCUGGGAGGAGGUGACCGGCGGGCCAUGGCAGGCUCCAGGCUUUGGUUUUCGCUGCUGCUGGCGGCAGCGUUCGCGGAGCGGGUGACGGCCCUCUGGCCCUGGCCCCAGUACAUCCAGACCUCCGGCCGCCGCUAUGUCCUCUAUCCCAACAACUUCCAGUUCCAGUACCAUCCCAGUUCGGCCGCGCAGCCCGGCUGCUCUGUCCUCGAUGAGGCCUUCCAACGCUACCGCGACCUGCUCUUCGGUUCCGGGUCGUGGCCUCACUUAACAGGAAAACGACAUGCAUUGGCAAAGAAAAUAUUGGUUGUCUCUGUGGUCACAGCAGGAUGUAACCACUUUCCUACUCUGGAAUCAGCAGAGAAUUAUACCCUGACCAUAAAUGAUGACGAAUGUUUACUCCUCUCUCAGACUGCCUGGGGGGCUCUCCGAGGUCUGGAGACUUUUAGCCAGCUUGUUUGGAAAUCUGCUGAGGGCACGUUCUAUAUCAACAAGACUGAGAUCGAGGACUUCCCCCGCUUCCCUCACCGGGGCUUGCUGUUGGAUACAUCUCGCCAUUACCUGCCUCUUUCUAUCAUCCUGGACACUCUGGAUGUCAUGGCGUAUAACAAAUUGAAUGUGUUUCACUGGCAUCUGGUUGACGACCCUUCCUUCCCAUAUGAGAGCUUCACUUUUCCAGAGCUCACCAGAAAGGGCUCCUACAACCCUGUCACCCACAUCUACACGGCGCAGGAUGUGAAGGAGGUAAUUGAAUACGCGCGGCUUCGGGGUAUCCGUGUGCUGGCGGAGUUUGACACUCCUGGCCACACUUUGUCUUGGGGACCAGGUAUCCCCGGAUUAUUGACUCCUUGUUACUCUGGGUCUCAGCCCUCUGGCACUUUUGGACCAGUGAAUCCCAGUCUCAACAAUACUUACGAGUUCAUGAGCACAUUUUUCCUGGAGGUCAGCUCUGUCUUCCCGGAUUUUUAUCUUCACCUGGGAGGAGAUGAGGUUGAUUUCACCUGCUGGAAGUCCAACCCAGAUAUCCAGGAGUUUAUGAAGAAGAAAGGCUUUGGUGAAGACUUCAAGCAGCUGGAGUCCUACUACAUCCAGACGCUACUGGACAUUGUCUCUUCUUAUGACAAGGGCUAUGUGGUGUGGCAGGAGGUGUUUGAUAAUAAAGUAAAGGUUCGGCCAGACACGAUCAUACAGGUAUGGCGAGAAGAGGUACCAGUGAGCUACAUGAAGGAGCUGGAACUGAUCACCAAGGCUGGCUUCCGGGCCCUACUCUCUGCCCCCUGGUACCUGAACCGUAUAUCUUAUGGCCCUGACUGGAAGGAGUUCUACCUAGUGGAACCCUUAGAAUUUGAAGGUACCCGAAAGCAGAAGGCUCUGGUGAUUGGUGGAGAGGCCUGCAUGUGGGGAGAGUAUGUGGACAGCACAAACCUGGUCCCCAGGCUCUGGCCCAGAGCAGGGGCUGUUGCUGAGAGGCUGUGGAGCAACAAGUUAAUCUCUGACGUGAAGUUUGCCUAUAGACGUUUGUCACGCUUCCGCUGUGAGUUGCUGAGGCGAGGUGUCCAGGCCCAGCCCCUCAAUGUAGGCUACUGUGAGCAAGAGUUUGAACAGGACUGAGCCAGCAGCCCCUGGCACCGAGGAAGGUGCUGGCCCUAGGAGAGGUAGUCGGGCCAGGCUUCCACUGCAUCCUGGCCGGGGAUGGAGCCCCUUGUCCACGUGCCCUUGUGCUUGGAGAGAAGGGGGCUGGUGCUGGCACGGGUGUCCAAUAAAGAGUGGAUGUGGCAUGUUUUAUAAUAAAUAUGGAUUACCUGUGUAAAAAAAUAAAGUGAAUGGUCCUAGGGUAA